GCGAAACCCAAACAAUCCACAUUUUAAGUCGAGUACCUAUGAACUUCCUUUUCCUGUUAUACCCCGAGACCGAUGCUAUCGUGAAAAUUAGAAGUUUCAUAAACUUCUAUAACUAAUUUACCUAAACAUGGGAUUUGUGAAAGUUAUCAAGAAUAAAGCCUACUUCAAGAGGUUUCAAGUUAAAUUCAAGAGGAGGAGAGAGGGUGUUACUGACUACUAUGCCAGAAAACGCCUCAUCUUCCAGGAUAAAAAUAAAUACAACACUCCCAAGUAUCGUAUGGUUGUUCGUUUUACUAACAAGGACAUCAUAUGCCAGAUAGCUUAUGCCCGUAUCGAAGGUGAUGUUAUUGUAUGUGCUGCAUAUGCACAUGAGUUACCUAGAUAUGGUGUGAAGGUCGGGUUGACAAAUUAUGCUGCAGCAUACUGCACAGGAUUACUUCUAGCUAGAAGACUGUUAAAAAAAUUUAAGUUGGAUGAAACCUAUGUUGGACAAGUUGAAGCCAAUGGUGAAGAGUACAAUGUUGAGAGUAUUGAAGGUUCACCUGGUGCCUUCCGUGCUUACCUUGAUGUAGGUCUUGUGCGCACCACAACUGGUGCAAGGGUUUUUGGAGCCCUGAAAGGUGCAGCUGACGGUGGCAUUGAUAUUCCUCACAGCACUCGGAGAUUCCCUGGUUAUGACAAAGAAAGCAAAAACUACAAUGCUCAGGUUCAUAGAGAUCACAUCUUUGGUAAACAUGUUUCAAAUUAUAUGGCCUAUCUCCAAGAGAAUGAUGAAGAGGCAUACAAGAGACAGUUUUCACAGUUUAUCAAGAAUGGAGUUAUAGGGACACAGGUUGAGGAGAUGUACAAAAAAGCACAUGCUGCCAUUCGAGCUGAUCCAGAAGCUAAACCUGCAGCUAAGAAGGAGGUGACAAAGAAGAGGUGGAACCGUGUGAAAUUGUCCAAUGCACAGUGCAAGGCACGUGUUGCACAGAAAAAAGAAGCUUUUCUCAAAUCUCUGAGUGCUGAAGCAGCUGAAUAAUUGUAUUAAUGCUGGAAUUUUAAGAACUUCAGUUUGACAGAGAAAUAAACAGUACAAUUAAAAUA